UUUGUCGCAGAGCCACCAUUUUCCCUUUGUAACUUAACCGGUGUUCAAACACGUGCGUACGAUUAAUUUACAUGGAAAACUUCAGUGUUAGCGUCUGAAACUAUAAUAUAAAUACUGUAUAAACCAGCGCGGUGUGUUUAUUAUAACGUGACACGUGUGAAAGUAUCAAAAUGAACACCGAAAAGCUGAAAAAACUGCAAUCACAAGUACGUAUCGGCGGUAAGGGAACCCCAAGACGUAAGAAGAAGGUUGUCCAUGCGACUGCUGCUACAGAUGAUAAGAAAUUACAAUCGUCACUCAAAAAAUUAUCAGUGAACACGAUUCCUGGUAUUGAAGAAGUAAAUAUGAUAAAAGAGGAUGGUACUGUGAUACAUUUCAAUAACCCUAAAGCUCAAGCUUCUCUUGCUGCGAAUACAUUCGCUAUAACCGGUCACGGCGAAAACAAACAAAUUGUUGAGAUGCUACCAGGUAUUCUCAGUCAAUUGGGGCCUGAAGGUCUCAAUCAAUUGAAGAAGAUAGCGUCCAGUGUAGCAGCGCUUGAUGAAGACGAUGAGGUACCAAAUCUAGUCGGGAACUUCGACGAGGCUUCAAAGAAGGAGGCUAAGGAAGUCGCACCUGAACAAAGUGAAAAAGAGAAAGAAAAAGAAAAAAAACCAGAGCCUGAAACCAAAGCUGCAGAUAAAAAAACCGACUAAACCUGACAGCAGUAAUGCUCACCUGAUGAAGUGAAUGCUAGGGUUUCCAAAGCCAAUGAGGUGUGUCUCAAAGCAUUUUACUUUUUUAUUGUUGUGUUCAUAAUAAAUGUUUAAAACAGUGCAUUGUAUUUUGUGAUUGGUGAUGGUCAUUGGUGCCUUCUGUAGUGUUUUGUCGCCCAUGACUUUGGAAAUACCUGGUGCAACCAUUGACAAACCUUACAACCACUAACAUUUCAAUAUAUGAUUAAACUGUUAUUCUCACUGCUAAAUGAAUCUGUUAACUUUGGCAUAUAUAAUGAACUUUAAAGAUUUAUCAAAAAAUAGUUAUAGUGUGGUGAAACCAUCUUAAAAACUUAAGUUUUAAGUCUGGUCAUUGCUUCAUAUAGAAAUAUAAUUAGAAACAGUCCGACGUCUGCUCAGACAUUAUUGUAUAAUAAAAAACUAAAAAUUGUAAAAUGUGAAAGAUGAUUGAGGUUAUGCGAGUUUGACAUAAACUUUGAUCUGUCA